GACACAACGAGCUCUGAUACGUAGGGACACUGCAGAAGUUGGCGACACCACUGGCGCCCUCGUAUCUCCCUAACACACGCUCCACCAAGAGAACCGCUUUCACAUGGUAAGCAAACAGGGCACAGGCAUGCAACUGCCACCUACCUGUGAAGCUACAAUCUAGAAGACGACAGGGAAAAUGUCGUGAUAGCUCUUUGCAAUACGCAAGCAAUCUGACUCACCGCGGUGGGAAAAGAGCAACAGAGCACUCAAGAGUAAGGCCAGAGCUCGGAAAUGGCUAGUUCCAAAGCAUCUUAACGAGCUUCUUUUUGCCUUUUUAGAAGGACGAGAAGAAACCCAGUUCAGGCACAACACUGCGAAACUACUUCCAGAUGGAGUCUCGAAGGGAAAUCCUCAACGCCGCCGGAUGGACUGGGCCACCGAGCCGGUGGCAAAGCUCCGCGGCGACGCUAUCAUCGGCCUUCUUAUUAGCGCUGGCCGCACCGCAAACCUUGCAGCCACAUCCCUUCAGCACUGGCCAUGGAGGAGGGCGAGGGCCGUCAAGGCCGUCUUGCUCACCGACACCAAAACCGUUGAGAGAGAAAAAUUUCCCUCCUGAGAUGAUAAGCGUAAGAAAGCUUAUGUGUGUACUACUUGCCUCCCUAUCCACGCCUAGGAAUAACUGCUGUACGAGUACUCCGGUGUGUCGAUGCACGCCACCUGAAACCGAACGCAAAGGCCGCUGAUUAUUUCUUGUCUUUUUUUCCCAUGUUUUUUUGCAGUUCCCUGUUUUGUAAUACCUUACGUCGCAUUACAGUUCCCGGUCCCCGGCAGUUGCUUGGACGUGCAAGGUUGCGAGGAGCCCGAAGCUGGAUAUAUCUGCAGCUGAGAUUCGCAAUUUCGUCGUCUCGAGAAGAAAGAAAAAAAAAGCAACCCCCUCCCAUCUCGACAAGCAAGCCGGGGGGCGCUGGCUUAGCGAGUUUCACGCUCAUCGUUCGAUCGAAAUCUUGCCCCUUGUGAGGCUGCCAUUGACGCUAAGCAGGGGUAGUAGCUCUUUUGUCGAUUCCAGAGAUGGAAUACUAAUGCGCAACCAGCCUUCGGCGGACAAGG